AUGGGUUACUUCAGCGAACAGAACCUGGCCGUGUCCUUAGCGGUCCGUGCCGCUGCCUACGAGGACACCGGCCUGGCUUUGGAUUAUUACCAGACCUACAACCAGAGCCUCAUCAGCAAGUACAGGCCGCUCUUUCAGGCCAGUGCCUACUUCGAUGAGCUCUCGAGAAUCGACCGCGCAGAGGUCUUCGA